AUUGUAAAAUUGAUUAUUGACUUUUAUAAAAAUAAACAAAUUGUGGCUCUAAUUUGUAAAUUAAAUUUUGUAAAUCGAUUGCUAUGCCUAAUAUGUGACGUGUCGUUUGAAUAAUUCUGAAAAAUGUUUUUUAAUACAUUUAAUCUUGUAUUAAUAGGAUUAUGUGCAACAUGCUGUUCCUCCGUUAUUAUUGAAUUAGGUGACAGGUUGUCUGACCUUUGGAACGAUGGUGGAGAUUGGUUGAUCAAAUUUUAUGCUCCUUGGUGUGGACAUUGCCAAAAGUUGGAGCCUGUAUGGUUUGAAGUGAGUAAAGCACUUAAGAAGGUCUCAAGUGUUCGAGUUGGUCAAGUAGAUUGCAGUAAGUUUCCAGAAAUUGCUACUGAAUUUGGUAUCCGGGGAUAUCCAACUAUCAAGUUUAUUUCUUCAAAUGCUGAUGCAACGUUUAGUGGAGAUAGAAACAAAGAUGAUAUUGUUCAGUUUGCACUUAGGAUGGAGGGACCACCGAUUCGUUUUAUAAGUUCGUCGAAGUACCUGUCCAAGAUUAAGCGUACUGUUGAUACAUUUUUUAUGUAUAAUGGAGUCCAGAAAGGAGAAUUGUGGAAUGAAUUUUUUCAUAUAUCUCAUCAAUUCAGAGCCCACUCGCUAUUUUUUGCCUUUGAUGACCAUUGUGGACCAUUUAUUACCUCUAAUGGAGAAUUUAUUACCUCUAAUGAAAAUAAAGAAAAUUGUGGAGAUGCCGCUAAUACACCUUCAAUUUAUGUAUAUAAAGACAAUAAAACUCAUUUCUUUAAAGUUGACAACCUGAGCAGCAGACUCAACGAUUCAUUAAGUGAGUGGGUUAACAAAGAACGAUUUUUAACUUUUCAAAAAGUAACUCUUGGAAAUAUCAAUGAUCUUAUAAAAUUAAAACAGUUCAUAGUAUUAGUUGUCGUAGAUGAGAAAAAAUUGCGAGAAAAUCCUGAUAUGCUCGACUACAGAAAUAUGGUAGAGAAAUUUGCAAUAUCCAAAAAAGAAAAAUAUAACAAAAAUUUUAUAUUUGGGUGGACAGGAAAUCCUGAAUUGGCCAACAGUAUUGCACUUAAGGUUGUACCGUUACCUUAUUUAAUUGUUUUAAAUUCAACUACUCAUGAAUACAACAUACCUGAAACUGAUUGUUCAAAAAUGACUGAGGCAGAUAUUGAAACAUUCCUAGAUGACGUUGACAUGCUAUCCUUACCGACUUAUGGAGGAAACAGUUUCUUUGUACGUUUGUACCGGGGAUUUUUUGAAACCAAAACUAUCAUUAAAGAUAUGUGGCGAAGCAACCCAAUAAUGACGUCGCUAAUCUUUAUUAUUCCUCUCAUGUUUUUGAGUUUCAUUUUCUAUACUUUAUGCUUUACCGAUGUCACAGGGAACAUGGAAGAAGAAGAAGAGGAAUAUGAUAAUGAAGAUGAAGAAGACGAUCUACAUAUGAAAAAAGAAUAAGAAUUCUAGUCAUUUAUUAUAUUAAAAGUACUUAAAUAAAUGUGUUAAUUUAUUAAAUGUAAAUGUUUAAAAUGUACAAAAUAUUAAAAAUGAACUUAGU